GCUCCAAGCACUGUGGACCGUGCGCCACGGCAGACCAAGACCAGUGCAGACAGAUGUACGGGAACGUUUAUCCUGCUACCAGUGGAGCAUUCUUAUCAGUGCUUGCGGUUUAACGCUGAUUUAAAAAACAAAACCCAUUUAUUUCAGAGUUCCUCUUACUGAGCGCACUCAUCAGAAGUGCAUCCCCGACAACAUCCACAUUAGUGCUUUUUUUUUUUUUUUUACAUUGUCUUUUAGAGGAGCGAGAAUUUAUAUCGCAAGCAAAACAGCCUAGGGAUUGUAGACUGGGCUGUGUUAACCCCGUUUCCCAGACGCACACAAAAGCCACGCUCCUGCAGGUUCACCUGGAUAAACUGAGGAAGCCGUCCGGUCUCGUUUAGAGGUCCAGGAGGGAGACGGAGUGGAGAAAUUAGCGCGGAAGACAGGAGCAACAAAGAAGCAGGCAGGAUGAACCUCAAGAGUCAUUUGAUUUUCACUCUCUACACUAUUUAUGCGAUUCUACUGAAAGUGAUGGCUUCAAAAGGCAAAGUUCGAGGUAUCAGUGGUCAGUAUCCUCUGGUUCAAAAUGUCACGGUGACACAGGGUGGAACGGCAAACCUGACCUGCCGCGUGGAGUAUAAUGACAACACCUCCCUCCAGUGGUCGAACCCAGCACAGCAGACCCUUUUUUUUGGGGACAAGAAAGCUUUAAGGGACAACCGGAUUGAGCUUGUGCGCGCCACAUCGUCAGAGUUGACCAUCAGCAUCAGCGACGUCACACUGGGUGACGAGGGCCUGUACACCUGCUCUCUCUUCACCAUGCCGGUCAGAACAGCCAAAGCUUACCUCACCAUCUUAGGUGUGCCAGAAAAGCCGGAGAUCAACGGCCUGACAAAGCCAGCCAUGGAGGGGGAUCACAUCACUCUGACCUGCAUCACUCAGGGAAGCAAGCCCGCUGCCGACCUCCGCUGGUUCAGGAAUGAGAAGGAAGUCAAAGGUGCCAAAGAGGUGAAUGCAAGUGGGAAGACUUUUACGGUGCGGAGUUCUCUGCAGCUACACGUGGACAGAAAUGAUGACGGCGUGGCCUACACCUGCAGAGUAGACCAUGUUGCACUCGCACAGGCUCCCCAGCAGGCCACCGAAGUACUGGAGGUCCACUAUGCUCCUCGUGUGGAAAUCAUUAAAUCAACUACUGUCCCUCAGGAGGGCCAAUACUUAAAGCUGGAGUGUUUCUCCAGAGGAAACCCAUCACCGGAUCCUGUGAUGUGGACGAAGGACGGUGGUGAUCUUCCUGACCUUGACAGGAUAAUUGUCGAGGGGAGGGAGCUCACCUUUACUUCACUCAACAAGACAGACAACGGGACCUACCGCUGUGAAGCCAGCAACCAUCUUGGGACCAGCAGUGCUGAAUAUGUACUCUACGUGUAUGACGCUCCCACCACCUUGCCUCCAUCCACCACACCCCCCCUACAUCCCAUCCCUCCAGAUCCUACUGUUCAGUUAAGCACCCACGCCUCAGACCCCACAGUCACUGGCAGCAGAGAUCCCAACGCGCUGGGGCAGCACGGCACCGACCAUGCCUUGAUUGGAGGAGUGGUGGCUGUAGUGGUCUUUGUCACCUUGUGUUUAAUCAUUGUUCUGGGAAGAUACCUGGCCAGGCAUAAAGGAACAUACUUGACGAACGAAGCCAAAGGAGCGGACGACGCGCCUGAUGCCGACACAGCCAUCAUCAACGCCGAAGGCAACCACGCACACGCAGAAGAAAAGAAGGAAUACUUCAUUUAGACUGCCUAGGGAGCUGUGCUGCUCUCUACCUUUUCUUUCAGUCCCUCUAUUUCUUAUAGUCUCUCUCUCUUGUCCCCCACUUUCGUCUUCACCUGUGGCCACUGCCCCCUUUGAGUCAACACAGCCCGCAGGCAGAGAUGUUCCCCGAGCUUUUUAGUAUUAUUAUGUCCUCUGGUUCAGCAUUUUCCCGUAUUACAUUUUUACCGGGUUUUUUUCCUUUUUGGGAGAUUUUUUUUUUUUUUAUCUUCCACAUGCAGUGUGAUGCUGCUCCUGAAGCUCUACUCAUUCUCACGUUUUUGCUCGUCUAGUGACACGAACUCCUGGAAAUCUAUAUCUCUGCCAUGACCUCUUGUUCACCCUUUUUCCUGUUCCCCACCAAGCAGACACGCUGCCACACGUUGUAUCUCAUGCCCCCCUCACAUAUCUCACGUCAACACGGUGCCUAAAAAUACAGACGCCAUCGAACUUCUUUCAAUGCCUUCGUGUGUCGCCUGUCAGUAGCAAUGUAAAUGCUAUAUGUAGCCCAUUUCAUUGCUUAGUUCACAGCUUUUAAUUAUACUUUGCGUCCUUUUUUAUUUGAAUGAUCUGUGCUGUUUACGCCUUAUACGUGUCUAUCACACUGAAUAUGGUAAUUUUAGAUGAACCACUGCGCCCGACCUCCCCAUCCCCUCUAAAUAAACUUGUAAUUAAGCAGUGGACCCUUGUAAGAUAAGACGAAGGUUUUGUGUAACACUGUAGCAAGGUCCGUCAGAUAAGUGUAUAAUAUGAUUUUCACUAUUAGGGUAGGAGUAAUAAAGGGUAGUGCAGUGUUGUUUAGAGCAAAGACCCACCAAAAAUAUUUGAAGGAGUAGAUGAGGCUAUUUGCUAAAUCUGCUGUCCCACUGUACUUUACUCUGUACAUCCCUGCGCCAUGCAGACAGCAGUUUAGUGAAACAUUUUAAACCCUAUCAGGACAGCUUACAGUAGUCUGUGUUUUACAUUAAUGGUUCAGAUGUACAGAAAGAAGUCUCCGCGUCUCAAAAUCUGUAAAAAUUGUAUUGAAAUUCUUUCUAACUUUUCACAUUUUAAUAAUUUACUUCCUGCUCAUAGCAUAAUAAAGUCAUUUUGCAGCUUAAAGGCCUCAUGAAAUAUACAGUGAACAAUUUAAGGUUUCUGUAAUAGCAAAAUAAAACCGUAGCAGUGUGUCUUGGUGUUAUCCUUUUUAGAGAGCUAAAAAGGAUAACACCUCAAAUCUAUAGUUUGAGGUAUUGGGGCAUCAAUACCUCAAACUAUUGAUGCCCCAAUAGUUUCAUAAAGGUUUCAAUUCAAAUAUUCACAUCAUCAGGGUAGAGGUAUUGGUGAUCAAACACUGUCUUUUGGCUAAAAGAUGGCUACUAGUUUGCUAGAUUCAAAGAUUGUACUGUAAAGUUGAUCAAAAACAAAAAGACAGCAGCCUUUCACUUGUAAAUAAUAAAUCCUGUAAUAUAGGAGACAAUGAGUUGCAGGAAAAAGCAGUAAUGCUUCCAUCUUCAUGCACGCCCAUUACUUGCUUCGUCACUCUGUCAGUGAGGUCAGCUGGCCUUGUAGCUUAUCCUCUAAAACAAGCUUUCUUUUGCUCAUAAUCUUCAAAUUUAUCCUUGUGGAAAACUGAAGAACAUUAUCAGUUCUUAGUAGGUAACAGAUAAUGAAGUUUGGACUGCCACUGUACAAGUUAUGUUUCACUAGGUUUUGAAGAGCAAACUUAAACUGCAUUAGUCAGUCUUUUUAUUUCCCAUUUAGUCAGUCACAGUGCCAUUCCAUGAGGUCUUAAAGUAAAAAAAAUUAAAUUGGGGAGAAAUGUUGAGAGUGCUGGCUAAUAGAUCUGCUUGGGUCCCAUUUCCAAAAAUGUAAAAACUGGAGGCAAACAGAAAAGCACAAAAUUUGACAGAAUGAGUUACUGUGUUCCUUUGCCAACAACUAAAUUGCCUUGGGAACGGUUAUUUUAAUCUAAAAGGUAAUGGAAAGAUGAAAGUGCAUCUUUUUGAAAAUGUAAGUUAAGUAUUUUUUUUAUAUUAAAAAAAUCUAAUAUUGUUGGUUUAAACUGUAUCCCACUCCCUGUUAUAUAUUGUGUCUGCUAAAAUGUGGUUGACUGUAAAAAAAAAAAAAAAAAAAAUUGCUGUUAAAUUCUGGACUCAUGUAUUCCUUCAAAUGUAUAUUUGCCACUAUUAUUUUCAUUUCUAAGAAGACUUUAAAAAAAAAUUCUGUUUUUGUACAAAGCAUGUACAUAAUGUGUAAGAACAACACUUUGGUACUACACAUUAGCAUGAUUUUUGUUCUUUUUUUAACUUUUAAUUUAUUUAAACUAAAGUUAUUGACCAGAGAAUCACAGCAGAAGUACAUUAAACUUAACUUGUUUUGGCACUGCAGGUCUGAAGAAUAAAAUAUUACAAUAACAAUCAAGUUUAAUGAUAAGUCAUAUAAAUAUUGGCACAAAUUGAUGCUAAAAAGGCUAUUUAUAUGUAAUAACAAAAGAAAAUAUGUAAUUGCCUAUAAACCCAUUGCCCAAAAUGAAAACUACAACAUUUUUCAAGAGGAAUCAGCUAAAAUGUUACCUUUAUGUUGGUGGCAAAUAAUAAUGAUACUCAUGGACCACUUUAUUAGGUAUACUUGUUAAUUUAGUUAACACAAAUACCGCAUACAUCACAUGGCAAAACUUCUAAACACUUAGAUGCCUUUACGUUGUGAAGACGUCUUUUUGAAGUUCAAACCUAGCAUCAGAACGAGCAAGAAAAUGUUUAUUAGUUUGAACGUGGGUUGGUUGCUGGUGUUAGAUAGGCAGGUCUAAGUAUUUUAGAAAUUGUUGACCUACAGAGAUUGUCAUACUCAACUUGCUCAAUAUUUUGAAAAUGAUUUGCAAAUAGUAUCAUCUGUGUGAAAAAAGAUCUCGUUGAUAUCAGUGCUUAGAAAUGAAUGGACAGACUAAUUUGCUCUAGUAGAAAGGCAAAGGUUGCCCAAAUAACCACCCAUCACAAUAAAGGAAUGCAGAAUAAUAUCUCUGAACACUCAACAUGUUGAGCUUCAGACUUUGAAUAGAUGGGCUACAGCAGCAGAAUCCCACACUGGGUGCCACUCCUGUCAGCUAAGAGCUCAAAACUGAGGCUAGAAAUCACAGCUUCACCCAAAUUGGACAAUGGGAGAUUGGAUUGCCUGGUCCAGUGAAUCUCAAUUUCAAUUGCAAUAUUGAGAUGGUAGGAUCAGAAUUGCAUCAAACAACAUGAAAACCAUAGACCUAUUCUGCCUUGCAUCAACAGUUCCGACUGCUGCUGGCAUAAUGUUAUGGGGAUACGUUUUCUUUUCAUCCAUCAAUUCUGUUUUUGUAUUGUUUUAAAGGAAUUUGGCUGACUUAGUCUCCUGUAAAAGUGUGAUAAAAACCAAUAGCAGUAAUCUACUUGGAUGAAACAAAUUAUUACCAAGGGCAAUAAAAAAAUAGGCCCUGCUGUCUCCAGCUUCAUGGCCAGUUAACAACUUUAUGCAAACAUGAUUGAAUGGCAAACUGUCUCGCUCUGUACGGAAAUGGUGGACUUCAUAACUGGAGAGAAUCACAUGUUAGAAAUCCUUAGAUCAAUAUCAGCAUAAUAUUUUCUUGUCACAGUGUAUGUAGGGAUAAAUAUUUUUUUAGGUAUUGUUAAUUACCACAAUUUUCCACGUUUGUGCACUUCAACUUUCACCACGCUGUUAACAGAUUUAACUUUGAUUUAAAAAGCUCUUGCGGUUAUCUGCCACUUUUUUGCAGAGGAAAUCAUUUAGAUAUAAUACUCACAUUUUCUGUUGCAUUUCAUCUGUGUACCCAUCUUAGAAAUGAGAAAAGUUAGGACAUGAUAUUUAACAAAAGGUCUGCAGUGAUGAGUUGGUGUUGGCAUUGGAAGAGAAAAGGUGCCAUUUACUGAAUUAUGCACUCUGGCCUUUACAAUUUGAUGGAUAUUUCUUAGUAAAUGUUAAAAUAUGUGUGUGUGUGUGUGUGUUUUCUUUUCUUUAGAAACCAACUGUAAAUAUUUGGUUUGAAAUGAAAGUAUUGAGUUGAUUUAUUGCAAUGGCUUUUUAUAAUCAAUAGACCAAACUUAAAUCUUGUUCAAUUUUGUUUUGAUGUUUUUUUAUUUUUUCUAACAGCUUAGCUCAUGCCACCAUUCACUCCUUUAUUAUACAGGUCCAAUUGUAGCUGUUCCUUUUUUUAAUUUCUUCUUCAUUUUUUCAUGUUUAAUGUUAGUGGAAAAAACUAAGCUUUGAAAAAAACUAAUUAUCCAUUUCAUAUUGGUUUGGUAAGCAAGAUUUUGGGCUUAAAACUCCAUUAUUAAAAUCACAAACUUGUACAAUUGCAAUGCCAUAUUCUAUAAGUGGCAGGCUAUUUUUUUCAUUUUUGGUUCUCCAAUUUCCUUUAUAGCAACCCUGUUUUCUUCUGCUGAAGGUGUGCUUGGUGCGGGUGAGGUUGUGCAUUUAUGCAGAUUAAGCAGAACAAUCCUGGCUGCAAUUUUGGCAGAAAAUUGCUCGCAAUUGUAUGACCAAUUUUCACGUUGGCUGGGACAUCUACACACCAGGGCAAAUUUGCAAAAAACACCCUUUUUACCUCUUUUGCUACAGGUCAUGUUGUCUAUAGCCUGCACAGAUUUACAGGCAGGUACAAAAAGGCUGUUUGCCUGGAGUUAAAGAAUUAGAUGAGUUAUCCCAGCAUUAUUUUAUCUACCAGUUGAGAAUUAUCUGUCAAAUAAUCAAACCUGGAGCAGAACAAUGUUUGUCUGUUUCUGUGUGGGUUUGUAAAAUACACCAGAAAAGAACAAGUUGCUCUCUAUUAAAUAGCAGAUGCAGAAUUGUGUUUUGUAAAGAAAACUCAGCCUGAAAAACUGGACAUUAUGAUAAAUGAGCUAGCUCUUCAUUAUUUAUCUGCAUCCGCUUCCUGCCUACCUGCUUCUUUUAUACGUUGGAUGAAAGCUAAUGUGUUUUUAAAGGGUAAUUUGGCUUUUUUGAAGAGAUGUUUGUGGAUUUUACUAUCUGUAAUAGCCCCCAUACCUGCACCAGAUAGAUGUUGUUGGCAGUUUUAAUGGAAGCAAACAAGUUUUCAGAGCAAUGGAAGGACAACAUUUAGUCACACAGUAUGUUUUAGCUAUUUAAGAUCACCCAAAAUAAUUUUUUUUCAUAUUAGUAAGAUACAGUCCUUUAUCAAUGCACACUAAUUAGAUGUAAUUUCACAGUAUCGUCUCUAUUUUAUCAGCCAAACAGCUUUCCUGUUGCAACACUGACGUUAUAUUGGUGCAAUCAUUACUAAUUGCUAAACUAACGGUGUGUCCAACAGACAAGAACAUGUUCAGUGUGAGGUCAUAUAAAUUGGUCUAAUUGGUUAAAAUUUUAAGUUUUAAUUUUAACUAAACUUUUAGCAGAACACCACAAGACAGACGUCUGUCUGCUGCAGGUAGGGGAACUAGCACUAAAUAAUUUCACAGAACGACACAUAUGAAAAUCUGAACUAUCCCUUUAAAAAUAUUGCAUUGUUACUGGAGCAAACCCAAUCACAUUCUCUUUCUCAAAGUCCCCACCAUUAUGUGGAUUCGACUCGGAAGCAGCAUAAUGAAUGUUCAUAUUAAUCAAAAAUGUUAUCAAGUCAAUCUGUUCUGGCUUAGAAUCCGCUUUUUUGACUCUGGUUUUAAAUAAUUCAGGAUUUUGUUUUGACACAGUUUCCAUGCCCUCUCUGGCUCUCCACAUGCUUUUGCUGUACAGUUUACCUUCAGUCCAGCUCUUUGUUCCUCCUGAAAUAUCAAUGCAGACAUCAAUCAGCCCAGUUUCUAUAUUGCCGCAUUGAUCACGUGUGACACAAUCGCAUGUAGUGAUGUGCUGUUAUUAUUUGUAUCAGUUUUGUUUCUUUUGCAUCUCAGGAAUAUAUUUCAUUUAGGAUUUCUUUUCUUUUUUUCUUUCUUUUUUUGGUGGUUUCCUGUUUUAAAAUGGGGACAUGUGAGCACUUAUCACUCUACUCGUCCCUGUAUGCUGACACCAUGUAUUUGUUUAAGAUUACCACGAUGUUAAUAAAAUUAUUCAGUGAUUCUUCAGUAA